UGUCAAUUAAGUUCUUUGCAUGUUAAAAAGUGCAGCAAAAAUAAAAAAAUAUGAAAAUUUUUAAUGAGAAAUUUUCAAUUCUUCUUUUGAUGAUGCCAAUCAUUGCCUUUUGUGACUCGCAUCGAACAUAUGAUGGCUACAAAGUGUACGAAGUCACAUUAGGGACACAAAACGAUGUGAAUUUCCUUAAAUCAUUAACUGAAGUAGAUGAUGAUGACAGUUUCGAUUUUUGGUCACUACAAAGCACCGUGGGAAGUGUGUCAACUGUCAUGGUUAAACCAGAUCGACAAAAUUGGUUCGAAAAAUCUCUCGCAAAUAGAAAUAUCCAAUACAGAGUAUCAAUAAUGGAUUUAGAAAACGUAAUAAAUGAAGAACGUCAAUAUCAAUUAAAAAUGAAAAGCAUUCAUUGGGGAAGGAGCAUGAAUUCUGAUGAAAUGAGAUUCGAUCGAUAUUAUGAACAUGAUGAGAUAAAUAAAUAUCUCGAUAGUCUAGCAUCAUCACAUAAAAAUGUUGAGGUAAAAGUCAUUGGAAAAUCAUACGAGGGACGUGAUAUAAAAGUAAUAAAAAUUACUAAUGGUGAUGGGAUUGAAAAGAAGAAUUCAAUUUUCAUCGAUGCUGGCAUUCAUGCACGUGAGUGGAUUGCACCUGCAACUGCACUUUAUGUCGUUCAACAACUUCUGAAUGACGAAUCGAUGGCAAAAAUCCUCAAUAUUCUCGAUAUUGUUGUUAAUCCGGUCGUAAAUCCCGAUGGAUAUCAAUAUACACACAAAAAGGAACGACUGUGGAGAAAAACGAGAAGUAAAAAUAUUCCGGGAUGUGUUGGAACUGAUGGCAAUAGAAAUUUUGAUUUUCAUUGGGGUGAGGUUGGAGCUUCUCCCAUUCCUUGUAUGGAGACUUAUCGUGGUAAUAAAGCAUUUUCUGAAAAAGAGACACAGGCACUGCGUGAUGCUGUUGGUGAAAUCAAAGACACAUGCAAAUUUUAUUUGACUCUUCAUUCUUAUGGAAAUUACAUGCUGUAUCCAUGGGGUUAUACAUCAAAGCUACCAGAUACCUGGAAGGAUCUUGACGAUAUCGCACAAAUUGGAGCGUCAGCUAUCAAGAAUGCAACUGGAACAACAUACACAGUUGGAAGCUCAACAAACGUAUUGUAUGCUGCAGCUGGUGGAAGUGACGAUUACAUGUUUGCUGUUUUCAAUGUCCCAAUUUCAAUUACAAUGGAAUUACCUGGCGGUGGUCAAAAUGGCUUUGACAUGCCUGCAAGUAAAAUUGAUGAGACAGUACACGAAAGUUCGAUUGGAAUUUUUGCAAUGAUUCAAGCUGUUGGACAGAAAUACAACUGAUUUGUGCUUCAAAUAUUUUCGUUUGAUGUAAUUGAGUAUUGCUUAAUAUAAGGCUUACAUAAUUUUGUUGUCUGUGGUUAGGGAAAUUGUAAAUGAUUGGAGAUGAAAAUUUCGUUAUUAGAAAUUUGUUUGGACUUCCUGCUAACAAGCUUGAUUUAAUUGAAUUUUGAAUUCUGGUAGAUGUGUAAAAUUUUUGAGUUUUAAUUAAUUUGCUGAUAUUUGAGUCAAAUUUUGUUUGAAGAAUUGUUUUGAAUUUAAUAAGAUAUGAUUUUGUAGGUUUUGCUCACGUUUGAAUCCCAGGCAAUUACAUACUUAGCAAUUUUUUACAACUUUGUUUAAAUCAUGUUAAAUUAAAUUAAAAAAUU